GGUGGACUUUCCCGAGCGGCAGGUUGUUUCGUGCGAGCUGGAAUAAAAAGCUGCUCAAAGUGCGCCUCGAUGUGCGCCGAGGACGCUGUCGGUGCGCUCCGGGGACAGUAGCUGCGGAGGAUCCGGGACAGCGAGCAGGAACAUGGACCGCUGGGAGCAGCUCGUACCUGCUGGUCUCCAGGGAGUCUGACACCGAGGUUGGAGUCUGAUUCCAGGUUCUGGGGCGAUGGCGGGCUGCUGGCGAUGGUGCCACCGCACAUGCGUGUGCUGCCUGUCGGAGGAGGACAAGAAGACCGUCGCCGUGGACAAAGAGAUCAGGAAGAUCCUGAAGCAGCAGCGGAAGAAGGAGCAACGGGAGAUCAAGAUCCUGCUGCUGGGAACCGGGGAAAGCGGGAAAACCACCUUCAUCCGACAGAUGCGCAUCAUCCACGGCCAAGGCUUCUCCGAGGACCAGAGGAAGGCCUUCGCCAAAUGCAUCUUCCAGAACAUCUUCACCGCCAUGAAGGCCAUGACGGGAGCCAUGAUGACGCUCAGGAUCCCCUACUCCAACCGCGAGAACGAGGACUACGCCAGGUGGCUGCAGGACGUGAACACGGUUCAGGUCACUCAGCUGGAUCGACGAUACGUCGAAGCGAUCCGCCGCCUCUGGGCCGACUCGGGGAUACGGGUCUGCUACAGCCGGCGCUGCGAGUACCAGCUGCUGGACUCCACAGAGUACUACAUGAGCAACCUGGAGCGCAUCUCGGCUCCGGACUACAUCCCCACGGAGCAGGACGUGCUGCGGGUUCGCUUCCCCACCACGGGCAUCCACGACUACUCCUUCACCAUCAAGAACAUCACGCUCAGGAUUGUGGACGUGGGCGGUCAGAAGUCGGAGCGUCGGAAGUGGAUCCACUGCUUUGAAAACGUCACGUCCUUGAUCUUCCUGGCUUCCCUCAGCGAGUACGACCAGGUCCUGGAGGAGAGAGAGACCAUCGUAAGAGCACCGAUAAAAUCAGAGAAGCAUUUCCUACCACGUCAUUUACUGUCUGCUUUAGAACAAACGUACUUCAAGCAGCAGAAUCGUUUUAUUGAACUCAGAUUCAUCUUUUGGUUAUUUUUUUUUUGUGUCCUCUUCCGUCCCGGCGCAGGUCGGAGGCGGGACGCCGACGACGCCAAGAACUACAUCCGCAAGCUGUACGAGCAGCGCGCCAUCAACCCCGACAACAGGGAGGCGUGGAAGACCUUGUAUCCGCACUUCACCUGCGCCACCGACACCAGCAACAUCCGCCGGGUUUUCAGCGACAUCAAGGACACGGUGCUGCUCAAGUCGCUCAGGGACUACGGAGUCAUCUGAACCGUAACCGGGACAGAACAGAACACGGAGGAAAACUGGCUGGACUGUUGACUUGGAGCCAGAACAGGAGCGUCGGGUCAGCAGCUCUUCUUAAAGCUUCCUCCUCUUUUCAUGAAGAAGCAGGCGGGAAGAGAAGGUGUUUUUCUCCUCACCACCACCAUCUCUGCUCCUCCAAGCAUGAAGAUGUUUCAGGAGGAAUCACCCUCACUGCUCUCGGCUUGCAGCUUCCUCCUCCUCCACCCCAACCACGUUUUGAUUCCUUUCUUUUUUCGAGGCGUUUGGGUCAUCCAGUGACCGAACUGAUCUGUAACUGAAGCAGGAGAAGAGAUGCUGUGAAUGACCUUCUACAGGUGGAGACGGGGUCACGGCGGCGUCACACGGGUUUGAAACGCUUCAGGUGUUUCCAUCCAGGUGGAACAGGAGCUCACACGCACUCACAAGCAAACGCAGAAAGUUUAUGAGUUAGAACUGCUCUCCUGCAGAACCAACCAUUGAUCACCGUUAUCUCACGCUGCCAGUACUUCCUUCAUGUUAUCUGCACUCGGCUCGUCUGUCCGUUAACGUGCAGAAAGUCGGAGCAGCUUCUGGCGUCCCUCUGACAGCCGUGUGCGAUGACAUGCUAACGCCCGGCGACUCUUCUUCUGUGGUAAACGGUUUGUUAUGCAACUCCCCGCGUUGGAAAAAGAUAAAAUACAGGCUUUGUGUUUAAAAAGAGAAGAGAGGAGGGAACACAGCAGGAGAGUGGAUCUGCUGUCUGCCGUCGGUGAGUCACCAGAAACAAACCAGGACGGAUGGAAAGUUUAUAUUAAAGCGUGGAAGUUUGCAAAGAUUUAAGCCCAUUUUCCCGUUUAUUAACUUAUUUUUCCUGGUGUUUCUUUAGUCAAACAUACAUUAAGGAGGUAGAUCCACCUGCUGGAGACACUGAACCCUUUUCAUAGUGUUACCGGGUCUGCCUUAUCAACACGGUGUCCACGGUUUGUUCUGCCGCCCACUAGUGUCCAAAAAACAAAUCACCUUAAAGGCUGCGUCAUGCUUGAGCUACAAAAGCAUUUAUAAAACAGUAAAUUAUGCAAAAACAAACCACCAGAAAAGCCUUGGAGUGAAGUUUAAACCUUGAACUGUGAGUCUUAUCCUCCGUUUUUACCUUUCAGUUCCCGUAGCGCCCGGAGAAGCUGCACCACCUCCACCUCCAUCCGUCUUUAUUUAUUAUUCCUGUCGGCUAAAUACCAGAAAUUAAUGAAAAUAAACACCGCAAAUUUGAUCGCAGCUUUAAAAGGUCACACGUGAGCGAGCGGCGAGAUGUUUUCCUGCGAGGAAACGGCUCAGACUAAAUUAAAGACGGUGGGGAAAGUUUUUUCUAAACCCCACCAGCAGGUGAUCUGCUCUGCUGAGUAAAGGGUAAAGGAUAUUAAAGUGAGCUCGGAGGGAACUUUAUCAUCCUGAAGUGAGAGUUCUUCCCCCUCUGACUGGAACAUGUCUCUGAAACGAAGCGACCUGGACGUGACGCUGACGUUUGCUCACCGCCGUGCCUUCAUUCAGCGCCGUGGCUCAGAAACCUUUAGGAUGCCUUCAGACACACGUGUGUGAUUUUACUGUCCAUGAACUGAUGACUACUAUCCUGAUUGAUUUGUAACUGCUGUAUUUUGUAUUAUUAUUUCUGACCAGGAGCUCGUUUAUAACGGCGUCUCUGGAGGGUUUGCCAGUGAGCUGCUUUCUUCACUGGGAAACCUCCUCCUGAGCGGCGCCGGUGGAUGAUCUGGGGUAGACUCGGGUGGAGGACGUGGGCAAACACUGGGUUUUUUUCUAGUUAAUAUUAAAAGCAAACUUUUGAACACA